AUGGACCUAAGACGGCUAAGCUACCGGCGAAUGAGCAUGCUUCCCAGUCGUGUUCAGCAGGAGUCGCCCGCUGAAACGGAAACAAACGAGAGAAAGCAGUCAGGGGCCAGUUGUGAGAAUCCGCAAGCGAUUGACUCUCAACAGAGUUUCGAGGAUGACCCAGCUUCCUUGGACGAGGUCAAUGUGAGUGCGCAGGAAAAUUGGUACCGACGAUUGGAAGUGAAAAAGCGACCAUGGAACGGAAUACACACCUACCUGAUCAGACGCAAAUAUUGA